GAUUAAUAUUGAAGCGCCUAGGAUAGUACCAUCACAAUGACAGGUCAGUUCCUGGUUUUUCUGCCUACAGGGAUGCGAUGCUCCGCGUAGUCGAUCAGUCACCGGGUGGGCGGGCAGGCGGUCGAAUCGCAGGCGGGUAUCAUAUCGACCCUCCACCAUUCAUGGGGAACCAAGCCAGUCCGGGGCCCGGGGGGGAUGAAGAGGAGAGGGGAAAACGAUGAAGUGUCCACCGGCCCUGGUCCAUCCAGUCAGGCAACAUGCCAACCAGCGGUGAGGGUCCGUGAUUUGGCUGUCGGCUGCAUUGCCGCCUCAUCCUCGAUCCAUCCAUCCAUGCUCGCCGUUUCUUUUUGCGGCCUCGAGAUUUUCCCUUUCGUUUCUUUUUCUUUUUUAAUUGCCCGUUCAUUCCUGGCUUUCGAUCGACCUUGGCUGGCUCCGUGGUUGACCUCUUUUUCUUCUUUCGUUUCAACGAUCCUCCUCUCGACUCCUCUCCUUUUCCCUUUCCUCCUCACUCCGUCUGUCUGUCGUUCAGUCUCACUCUGGCUUACUCCCCUCUCUUAUACUUAUCCUUACUACUAGUCAUUCCGCGGUGUGCCUUAAUUUUGCCCCUCUGGGUCUAGGCUCCCCCCGG